AUGUAUUUAUAAAUUAUUGCAAUUUCUCUCCUCCACACUCUAUCCUACACUUUUGAACCAGUUUGUAAUAAACUUAUUCCUAAAACAAUACAUAAUUCAUUACCUACUAAUUAAUAUAUCCUUUCAGGUUAAUUUCCAAUUAAACCGGAUUCAAAUUCAUAUUUAGCUUUCGUAUUUUAUGGUUCACAAUAUGCCUCAAACUAAGAAGUAAUAUUUGAUCAUAAUGCUACUAGCAAUUAAACUAUUAUAAAACAAUUGUAUGGUUUAAUGGAGGUCCAGGUACUUCUUCAUAAUUAGGAAAUUAUAUAGGAAUAGGACCUAUUAAUUUUAAUGAAAAGGAAAAGUUAGAGAAGAAUUAAUAUUCAUGGAACCUUAAAUAUAAUAUACUCUUUAUUGAUUAACCUAUAGGAGUAGGAUAUUCAUAUGCAUUUACAAAAGAUGAAAUACCUGAUAAUUUGGAUGAAAUUGCAUCUUAAUUCAAUUAUGCAUUUGUUUCUUUUUUAGAUAAAUGUUCACUUUCAGAAUUAUCUAAAGAAUCUAAAUGGUAUUUUGCUGGUGAGAGUUAUGCUGGAAAGUAUAUUCCUGCAAUAGUUUAUGCUUUGCUAUAAUAAUAGGAACCUAUAAUAAACCUUUAAGGAAUUAUUUUAGGUAAUCCUUGGACUGAACCUAUAGCUAUAAUAAGUGAAAUGAGUGCAUAUGCAUUUAAUUUAGGAUUGAUUGAUUUAUAAGAAAGAUAAAAAUUAGAGAAAUUGUUAUUAAAAACAUUACAUCAAAUUAAAAAUUAGGAAUACUUAAAUGUUGAGUCUAAUUUAUAAAUCUACUUUAAAGAAUUAGCAUAGAUGAGUGGAGGAAUGAAUUAUUAAAAUAUCAAAAAGUUUGGAUCCUAUGAAUAACAUAAUAAAAAAUUAGAAUAAUAUUUGAAUUCUGAGAUUGUUAAGAAUAUAUUUAAAUUUCCAUUAGCUGUAACUUUUACUCUUGUAUAAAAUUAAAUUGAAAAGUAAGGAGAAGUAUAUUAAGCAUUAAAAUAGAAUAUUGGUUAAAGUGAUGUAAUUCAUAAAUUAGAGUUUAUUAUUAAUAAGAUUCCAGUUUUAAUUUAUAAUGGUUAAAAUGAUGCACUUUGUACAAAUUCAGGUACUUAGAGAUGGGUUAAUAGAAUUCAUUAUUAGGAUUCAAAUGAAUUCAUAUAAUAAAAUUUUACAACAAUUUAAUUGAAUGAUAGAACUAUAGGAUAUAAAAAGAAAGUGGGAAAUUUGGGUUUAGUGAUUAUAAAUGAUGCUGGUCAUUAAGUACCAAGAGAUAAACCUGAAGAACUAUUUACUAUUGUAACAGGAUUCAUUGAUUUAUGA